GGUCAGAGGUCCCUUAGCCGCUGGGGACUGGGGCUGCAGCCACUGCCGCUGGAUUUCCUACUCUGACAGGCGCCAUUUUACCACCCAGAGAUUUUGCCCGCACUUAAUGGUGGGCGGAAUCCUGAAUGCCCCGCCCCGUUCACUGGAGCCGGCGGGGCCGUGACGCCAUCAGAGCGCGUCUGAGUGGGCGGGGACAGCAGUCAGAGAUGCUGGAGUCGCUGUUGGCCUUUGGCGGAUUGGUACUGCUUCGGGAUUCCAUAGAGUGGGAAGGGCGCGACUUCUUGAAGGCGCUUAUCAAGCAAUCUGCACUUUGUGGAGAGCAGAUUCACGUCCUGGGCUGCGAAAUCAGCGAGGAAGAGUUUCGAGAAGGUUUUGACUCCAAUAUUAACAGCCGAGUGGUUUACCAUGACCUCUUCAGAGACCCUCUCAAUUGGUCAAAAAAUGAGGCUUUUCCUCGGGGACCCCUGGAAGCCUUGAGAGCCAUGUGCAGGCCGACAGAUCUUAGGCCAGUCACCAUUGCUCUUGAUUCACUCAGCUGGCUGUUGCUUCAUUUUCCUUGUAGCACAGUCUGCCAGACCCUCCAUGCUCUAUGCCGUCAAGGUGACAGCUCUCCAGUAGAGCGGGUGAAUGUGCUGGGCCUGCUGCAUGAGGAGCUCCACGCUGCAGGCCCCCUUGGAGCACUGAGCAGCCUUGCUCAGAUCGAAGUGACCCUAGAUGGUACAAUGGGCCGAACCUCAGCCCAUAUCCUCUACCGGAAGCCCAGACAUCGUCCAGCUCAUCAGACUCAGUGGUUUUCCAUCCUUCCUGACUUCAGCGUGGAUCUCCAAGAGGGGUCCACCCUACAGUCUCAGCCCCACUCAGAUCCUCACACAUUACUGGUGGACCCCACAGCUCACCUGACCUUCAAUCUUCGCCUGUCCAAGAAAGAAAGAGAAACCAGAGAUAGCCUGACUCUGCCUUUCCAGUUCAGCUCUGAAAAACAACAAGCUCUGCUCUGCUCUGAGCCAAGCCAGGCUUCCAGCCACAUCUUCUAUGAGCCAGAUGCUUACGAUGACCUGGACCCAGAAGAUCCAGAUGAUGACUUGGAUAUUUGACAGUCAAAUUUAACUGGACUGUAGUGGGAGCAGGAAGGGGAAGCCUGGGCCCAGAACCAUCCUUCAGUUUGCAUUGGCCUGACCCUGUCCCUCCCCCUCCCUGCCAGUCAGGGAGCAGCAGCUGAUCACUGCCCAAAGCAGAAUGAGGGCAUAGGGUAAGACGAGAGAAUAGGAGCCCUCCCUACUUAAUAAAGUAUUUUUUAUUAUUAAAACAAA